AAGAGAAUCCUACCAUAUAAUAAUUUCAACAGUUGUUAAGUUACAACUCUCUGCAAAAAACACAGACACACGUCUCUCCCAAGUCUCAACAACCAAUCAUCGAUCAUCUCAGUUCAAAUUCUCUUUAUUGGGUGGGUAUCUUCAAGUCCGUUGGUUAAAGAAACGUCAUGCACAUGUCUAAUGGCACAGUCGCGAUCGCAACCGCCAUGGUUUUCUCAAGCACUGCUCUGUUUCUCGUGACGGCUCGUCAGUUCUAUGGGAACCAAACCUCGAAGGUUCAUGAUCAGACUCCUCCACGAGUCCUCCGUUCUUGUCUAUCUUCUUCAGAGGCAAUGAAGAAACAGAGGAGUAAGAAGAAGAAAGUUAGGUUCGCGGAGAAUGUGAGAGAUACUAAAGGGAACGGUAACGAGUACCGGAGGAGGAUGACAAUGAGUGGGAGAAACGUACCGGAGCCAGUGACUAAACCGGGGAAGACCGGUUCAAUUUGUGGAAUAUCCACUAUGCCAGCGAACCGGAUGGCUCUGUACCAUGGGAUUCUCAGAGACCGAGAUCACAGAACUCAAUGUUCGUAUUGACUUUUUUUCUGGACCAAACAAGUCAAUAGAUUUAGGUUUGCAGAUUGUGUAGUAGGCUUUGUUUUCUUCUUCUUUGAUUCACACUUGUGGUGGUAGUAUGUGGACUUCUUAUUCUCUGCUUUUUUCUAAUUACUUGUUAUAAAAUCAAAGUGACCAUGUAAAUAAGUAACUAUAGAAUUAAUAUUGAUUGUGGUAAAACUUGUAUUUGUUUGGCUAACUAUAGAACAUCUAUAGUUAAAUUCUUUUAAUUAGUAAAAAAAA